GUUCAUAGGCGCACUACAACUACCGCAAGCAGUAAACUGCGCCGCACACAGAAACAGCAUUGGAUUGUGGGUAAAAUAAUAUCUUGUGUUUCCUGAAUUAGUUAUGGCAAACGUAGCAGAAGGUUAACGUUUAUAGAAAUAACGUUUUUUUUCUUUAGUUUAGAAGUUCAAUUAUAUGUCAAUUCGCAUGAGACCGCAUCUUGUGUAGAACUACAGGUUGACUGCUUGAAAAGUUAUAACGGUAGCCAGCAAUGAGUUUGAACGAACACUCUUUGCAAGCUCUGUCAUGGAGAAAACUUUACUUGAGUCGAGCAAAGCUGAAGGCUACGAGCAGAACUUCAGCUCUCCUGUCGGGUUUCGCGAUGGUGGCUAUGGUGGAGGUGCAGCUGGAGCCAGAUCAUGUGUAUCCCCCAGGGCUGCUGAUAGCCUUCAGCGCCUGCACCACUGUCCUAGUGGCAGUGCACCUCUUCGCCCUGAUGAUCAGCACCUGUAUCCUGCCAAACCUGGAGGCCGUCAGCAACGUUCACAACUUGAACUCGGUCAACGAGUCACCCCAUGAGCGCAUGCACCGCCACAUUGAGCUGGCCUGGGCCUUCUCCACUGUUAUUGGUACCCUGCUCUUCCUGACCGAGGUGGUUCUGCUGUGCUGGGUCAAGUUCCUGCCCCUCAGGCGCCCAACUGAUAAUGGCACCAUCAGUUCUGGUGAGGCGGCAGCCAUUGCCUCCACCUCCAUCAUGGUGCCAUUUGGACUGGUGUUUAUCGUCUUCGCUGUGCACUUCUACCGCUCUCUGGUCAGUCACAAAACUGACCGUCAGUUUCAGGAGCUGGAGGAGCUGUCCAAUAUCACCCGGCUGCAGAACCAGCUGGACCACAGGGCAGAGACGACCAGUCUGCAGCCCUCCUCUGUCCACUUCCCCUAACGGGAAUUAGACAGCUGUAAGAAAUCUAUAAUGAAGCUUUUUUUUUUUUAUCUAUUUGCAUGAGCACCAUGAGAAAGGAUACUUUAUAUAAUAAUAUAUCAUUUCUACAGAUGUUUUGUAUUGGGAUUUGGACUGCUCUAGGCCUUUUCUAUUUGCUAAAAUGGUUGUGGAGAGGUCAGGAGAAUUAGCUUUGUAUUGUUCAUUCGAUUGGACUCAAGCAACUUUUUUUAUUUUUUUAUUACUUUGCUGCAUGUCUAUUGUCUUCCUUAUGUGUUCAGAAACAGAUCUGAAUGUGAGUGUGAAAUUUGUAGUUGAAUAUUUUUGGAUAUCUUCAUUAAAUAGAUGAUAUUUGUAUUUAUAUCACAAAGUUUUGUCUAUGGCGGCUGGGGAACACUAAAAGUGUGGGAUGAACAUUUUGUGAAGUAGCUAGAAUUAUUCAUUUACAAAUGAUAACCGGCCAAUUUCCAUGAAAGUAAAACUCCUCAGGAGAGUAUAACAUGUAUUAACUGCUGUAAUAGUUAUGGUGCAAGCGAAGUGCAGAAUUCAGAUAUUUUUUAGUCAGGUGACCUUAAUCUGUCCAUCAGGGUUGGAGUAUUUAUAUUUCAACUUUUUAAACUCAACAUUAUUGAUAAUUAAAUAUAUGCUCUGAUGGUUUUUUGAUAAGUUAAUGCAUUUUAAGCACACUCCUCAUACUGUUGUUACAUGAUAGGUGAACUCUUAUACUGUGGUUGUGAAAAUAUUAGGCUGAAAUAUUGUCCUCAACAUAAUGUACUUCCUUUUAACAAUACUGUAAAGCACUGAUUGUUUUGCAUUUAUGUGAAGUCACAAGUAGCUACUUCUAAAUUAAUUUAAAUGGAGGCAAAACUUCAGAUCUUUAUCGUCAACCUUUGAAUGUGAUCCAAGUGCACAUAUUACUUUAAUAAAAUAAUGGCAUGAUUA